GGAGUGACACGCCUGGGCCAGUCCCCGCUUUCGUCACCGCCGUCAUCUUGAGCUUCGUCACCCCCCUCUCCACGACUUAGAGUCGCGGCGGGCACUUCCGGGAGCCCUCGGGUGUCCGUUCGGUCUGUCAGCGCGCACUCACCCCGAGCGCGUCAUGACAGGGAAAGAAGCACAUUUCAAACUUUUGGGGAAGAAGUGUGUUCCAUAGAUCAUUCGAUGUGCCCUGUCCCCAGCUCUGUUCACCGAGAGCCCAUCUGCUGUGAGUGUCAGGCCAAAUUUGGGGGCCGCCUGCCGGUGCGCAGGGCUGAGGCAGUGCUGCCUUACUGGGUCCCUCUGUCCUUGAGACCCCGAAAGCAGAUCCAAAAGAUGGUCUGGUUUUACGUCCCCCAAACCACCAAGGCAUGCCCCUGCCCAUGCCACCACUCUGGAGGCCGCCUCCCGCUGCCUAGGGAUCAGGCUGUGAUGCCCUACUAGGUGCCCCAGGUCCUGAGGUCUCACAAGAAGGUGGUGAAAAGGCAGCAGAGUUUUAAAGGCAUCCCAGUGAACCCAGAGAAGACUCAGACUCUACCAGUUAUCAACAUUGGCUCUCAGGAAGAAACCAAUUUGCAACCUGGGGUUAGGUGGUAUCUGAAGUGUUUUUUAAAAGUCCCCCUGGACGUGCGCUCUGGGUACAACCGCUGGAGAAUCUGUGAUGGUGAAGGGCGCCGUCUCCUCAAGUGGCAGCAGCUCCAGGCCCUUCACCAGGCUGCGCCGCUGUCCCCAGGGCAGCCAGCAAGCCUCCCGGCCUCCCUCCUGCCCCUCAGCCUCAGCCUCCUGAUCGUCCUCCAGGCCCUACUGAGUGUCAUCGUGGCCCUCCGGGACAAGGCCCAUCUUUCCCUAGAGGUUGGCAGUGAGCUUCCCAUCUUUCCUCCCACUGGGGCAGGAGGCUCCUCAGGUCAGCUUUCACCUCGGAGUCUACACCCCAAGGUGGCUUCUCCUGCGCAACCCGUGCCAGGUUAAUAAAACUUGGUUUUCGAGCGUUUCACUGCCCCAGGAGGGCAGUGGGCCCCAUGUCCAAUUCAUCAAGUGCCUAAUGAGUGGCCUCGGAGGUCCUGGCCCACCCAUUCCAGAAGCUCUCUCUGCCUCGUAAAGGCUCUUUUGCCUUCGCCAAGUUGUCGGGAUCCUGCCAACUCCAGGCUUGGGCUGUGUCUGCCCCAACAUGGAUGGGAAGCUAGAAUCUGAGCACCAAGAGCUCGAGGCAGAAGAAUUUCAACAGUUACACUGCACACUUGCUGGAGGAUCGCAGGCUCAAAGCAGAGAGCUAGUGAUUUUGCCAGCUUCCUGGAUGUGCAUUCUGGUUCUGCACAAAGAGCCACAUUCCUUCUGGAAUCGGGACCAGGACACAGAGAGACAGCAGCAGUCACUGGAAACUGUCGUGAGGAUUUGAGAUUGUGAAUGAGAAGGCUGGGCCCCUAGCGUAUGCGAGAUGGACGAUUGGGUCGUGGCCAUCUGUGGGCCACUUCCCGGAGCCCAGGAACAAACGGGCCGAGGGGCCACCUGGCAUCACAUCUCGGCCACCUACGAGAGGGGUGACCCCGGAUGUUAGCAGACGUCACUCAGGCAGAAGCUUGGAGGAGCUCUUACCCAUGUCCACUAGUCCUCGUGUGCCUCUGCUGUCUGUGUGAGCAGGGCCUGUGCUGCUUGGCUGAGGAAGGAUGGGAGACGCCCAUUCAUGCCAGCAGAACUACAGACAUGCCCACGGGAUGGUGAUUUUCCUCAGCCAGCGGGUUCCUGUGUGACUUGAGUGCAGCAGAACCACCGGAGAGGACUUGGACAGACCUUCUCCGUUCUGCUGUUCCCGGAAGGACAAUGGAAGCGGUUACCAACAGCCGUAUUCUUGGGGGUGCUUUCGCCGCCCCUCACAUCAUCCGGACAGCUGUCUAUUUACACGGUUGGCCCAGUGGGAAGACUGACCUUAUUUCGAUUCUCCUACUGAGAGUGACGACUCAGCCUCAAGCGUCAGGGCUGCCGUGAUCGCAUGAGACACGGAGUUCAGCCUCUGCAGUGACCCCUGGAAGAGGAAGCAACUGGACGUUUCCUCUGCACAUUGUCUUGUGCAAAGAUACAAGGGAGAAGUUUCCUUGGUGCUGCUACGCUGCCAUCAUUUGCUGCCCGCAUUCAUGUCGGAAGCAACAUCUAUGAUUCAGCGAGAGGGAGGCUUAAGCCUGACAGACUCCACCUCCUGCUACACUGCACUCUACCCCCUGGACAGUGACGCCCUGAGGGAAGGGUCCAUUUCUCUCCAUCUCUGCACCUACACAGCCCUGCACGCACGGGCCCGGAUGAUUCCUGGAGGAAGCUACCUCUUCGAGAUCCUCUCUACCCAAGUCUUCCCUGGGGCUGAUCCCGUCGAGCUGGAUGUGACCGAAGUCUUGUUCCGUCAGAUGUUGAAGGUUUAACGUCAGUGAAGGCUGUGGUAGAAAACAUCUCACAGGAAACAGCUGGGUUCUCCUAUCGGCUUCUUCAUUCAAUCUGGUGCCUAUGAAAAAGCCUGGCCACACACAGAUAUGGAUUUGGAAAUUAAGAGGAGGACUGAAUUCAGAUGGCGUGAAAAUUCGCCUGGUUUUGCCACGUUCCCGUUCACCUGCCUCCUUGCACACCUGAGUUCAGGAGCCUCAUCCUUCCACUAGAGGGCGUGGCGUCAUAGAUGCCAACUGUGCCACCUGGGCUGUCCCAGUGUUCUGACCUCAGCCCUUGAGAAGCAGGUCCUGUCCAGCGUUCCCUCACCAACGGACACCAGGGCCGUGCAACACAACCACCCACUGCAGGCCGUCAGCAAACGGGCUGAAUGAAGGGCGGUCAUUAUCACAGCGAGAGGCCAACUGCCAGGCGUCCCACCCA